UUUACUUUCUCUUUCCCUUUUCCUUUUUCCUUCAUGAAGAUUUUGUGAUCGAACCAUGUGGUUCAUGUCGAUAGUCUUUUAUGAUGAUGAGCUCUUUGGUUAGUCAAGAUUAUGAUGCAGAAUCAGGAAGCCAUCAUUCCGCCCCCGGUACUAGUUAUCCCUCAUCAGGUUUGGCUACUUCAGCAACGCAUCGCAGAUUUUCCCCAGCUCGACGGCUUUUUUGUCUUCUUGCACUCUUCGAUUUCUUGGCCACCUUGUUUAUUUGGAUUUUGUACGCGCAUGGUUUAAGUGGUGAGUUUAAGGAAGUUAUCAAAUCUGAUGUUCAGAAGUACCAUUUUAAAAAAUCUUUGUGUGAUUUAGUGAUGUUGGCAUUGUGGCGGAUGACUGUUCUUCUUCUUGCUUAUGCCCUAUUUGUGAGCCGAAAGUGGUAUGCUGUGGGGUCUCCAAAAGAUGGAACCAGCGAAUAUUUGUACUAUGUCCUAGUCUUGUCGUCGCUUAUUUUAUCGUGGGUAGAAGUUUGGGUUUUUGAUUUUAAGGUUAUCCCUGCUGAGACCAAAGAGGAGCAGCGCCAGUUUCGAGAAGAGAGGAGGUCAUUGUUACGAAAUGAAAACCGCAGGCACCUGACUCCUUAUUCGACAAUUUCGGACAAUGCUUUUUACACGCCAGAAGCGUCUGAUGAAGAAAGUGAAAAUGAUAGGGAAGAGGCUGGUAAUUUGACCUUGUCUCAAGAGGAUCAAGAAUUUAUUCAGAGAGGGAAAGAAACGAUGGAGAUAACCUGGGAAAGAAUGCGUCUUAAUGAUGGUUGGAAAACGGAAAAAGCUAAGGAUGGAGUUGUUGUAGAAAGUAGAGUGAUUCCGCUACCCGCAGGUGGAAAGAAAAUAUACAGAUUAACGGGCUCUUUAGACGCCAAAGCAGAUGAGGUUUUUAAUCUGGUUAUUAAGCAUCCUGAGGAUGCACACAAAUGGGGAGGAGACAUAACAGCUUCCUUUGUCAUACGUCAAAUUGAUGAAAAUACGGAUAUUGUUUAUAAUUCCACUAGUGAAGCCGGCGGUGGAAUGGUGUCUAGUCGGGAUUUUGUAAAUUUGCGUCGAUGGGAAAAGCGAGGAGAUGUGUUUGUUUCGUGCAACGUAUCAGUUGAAUGUGAUGAGAUGCCACCCAAAAAGGAGCAUGUCAGAGCCGCAAAUGGUCCAGGUGGCUGGGCUAUACGGGAGGCUGAAGGGAAUCCCAGCGGUACUGAAUAUGUUUGGCUGUUCGACGUGGACCUGAAGGGAUGGUUACCGCAGUCAGUAAUUGACGCUGCCAUGUCCUUCAUGUUGUUCCAGACAGGACAAGGAUUAAAGGCUUACAUCCAGGAACAACUCGGCUGAUUGAAGAGGCUAGGCGAGAAAUGAAGAGACACGGCCGCGUGAAAAGAGACCUGGAACCGAAAAAAAACUCUCUGCAAAAUGUCAUAUAAGGAGUGGUACAAUUUUUACAACAGAGCUUAGCGUGGAGACAUAAUUAAUUUGAUACUGUUGGGAUGUAAAACACAGCGUCUAGUCAUAGUGAGGCCAAGUCAUUUUCAACCUUCAGCCAAAAUUUUUUAUUUACGUCUUUUCCAAUCUGCAUCAUUUUUCCUUCGUCUUAAAUUAUCGUAAUUCUUUCUUAAAGUUUUCUCCACUCUCUUGGUAACGGCUAUCUUAAAUUACAUUUUAAUUACACGAGUCUUCCACAGGGCGAAAAUGGUUGCCGGAUCUCCUGUAAGGAAACGAAGGGUUUUUUUUAAGGUUUGACUGGUGGAUUUGGUCUUAUAGUUUUCCUCACCCAUGGCGUUCAGGAUGAAAUACCAAAGGAAAUGCUUUUAUUUUUAUAUUUUUGCCCCCGCAACUACUGUUCAUCAGUUUUGAAGUGAUGAGUGUUUUAUUGGUAGAUGGCAACAGACUACGUGAUCGUGCGGUUGGCUUAAUACUUUAAAUUUCAAGUGGUUCGAGUUUUUUUAAGCCGGUGAUUUUUAAAAGGAGUGAUUUAGAUUUAGUGUAGAUGUAGAUUUAGUUUCUUUUGGGGAGGGAAGCUUCCAUUUGUUUCCAAUACCCACGAAAGUAAAACUGUUUAUGUAGAGAAUAAUACAUGGGUGCGCGUAGAUAUGGAAUUUCUCUUCGAGUGUUCAACACGAUAGCUAACGAGUGUGCGCAGCGAACGAGUGAGAUGUCGAGUUGAACGCGAGAAGAGAAAUUCCAUAGAUAGUGA